AUGCUGCUCCGGGCGCUCUGCGGCGCCCUCUUCUGCACCCUCGUCGCGGCGCAAAGCGACGUCCUCGCCUUCACUCGCGUCCCCAAUCCCAUCACCGACGGCGAAUCCAACGUCCUGCUCUGGCAGACCAAUGACACCAACACCCCUGUCUCCAUCAUUCUGCGACAAGGCCCCUCGACCAACCUGAAGACGCUGAUGACGCUGACAACGGAAGGCACUGGCGGGCAGUAUAUUUGGAAACCGAACACUUCUCUUGCGGACGGCACGAAUUACCAGCUUUUGAUUAAGCAAGGCUCGCAGAAUAAUACUUUUGGCCCGUUCACCGUCCAGGGUGCCAACCCUGCUGCUGUGUCGUCUGCUUCGGCAGCGUCUGCGUCUUCUGCGUCGGCAGCGUCCGCGUCUUCUGCGUCCGGGUCUGCGUCUUCCACUGCAAGGAACGCGACCAUGACCCACCGGAGUGGGGGCAACAGCACGACCAUGCACCGCAACACCACCAUGAGCCAUGCGACGCUGCACCACAGCACGCCCAAGCACACCACUGCCACGACGACCAUGACGCAGAGCACAACGGCCACCACGGCGACUGUUGCGACGUCCACCAGCGGCGCGGCAUCGCCGGGCAUCUCCACCUCUGGCAGCGCUCUCGCGUUGGUCCUCGGCGCCGUCGCUGCCAUUUUCUAUCUGCACUAG